AUGGCCCAGACAAGACCGUCGGCGAUAUACGCAGAAGUUCCUCGAUCCUCUGACAGCUAUGAGGAUGGUUAUCGCAAGGUCACUUACGGCGCACUUGCCAACGCUGUUAAUGGCGUAGCUUGGUCACUGAAAGGGAUGCUCGGUGAAGGUCAAAAUCACCAGACCUUGGCAUACAAUGGUCCCAAUGAACUGGGGAUAUGUGAUGAUGAUCUUAGAACCACGACCCUUUCCUCUAUAGAGCAUCCGACUUAUGAUAAUGGACAGGCUGGAAACCUAUUUGCUACUUUGUUCGACGCAAUCGCUAACCAAACGACCGUUAUCACACCACUGGCAGCAGUCACGCCUUCCGCUCGAUCGGUUGUUGACGGUCUCAAACACGUAAAAGCAGACGCACUAAUCCUUGCGCCACCGUUUCUGGAACAGAUCGCGAAAAGCCCUGAUAUGGUAGUUUUCAUCGCAAGCAACAUUGAAACAGUGACAUCUGUGGGCGCCUCACCCCUCAAAAAGGAUCUUUGGGCAUACCGUGGCAGGGCAGACGACACUAUUCUUUUUAAGCAAGGCUACAUGUGCAAUCAAAUCUCCAUGGAACAGCAUGUAUCGCAACACUCGGAGGUACGAGCGGUGUUGAUGGCUGGGACAGGCAGAUCUCAACCAGCACUCAUCAUCGAGCGGGCAGGUGAUCAGCCUCUUUCAUCGCCUGCAGAACAAGAACUCACUGAGCGGAUCUGGCCAAUCAUCGAAGAAGCCAACCGGACGUACAAAAUGGGCACCCGAGUCUCCAAGUCGCAUAUCCUGGAUACCAAUCUGCUGCAGCCUAUGCGGCGCGCUGGCAAAGGGACGGUACAACGGUGCCCAACUUUAGAGCUUUACAAAGAUGCACUGGAUGCACUUUAUGCGCGCGAAGGCGACAUAGUACCAGGAAACGAAUUGGUUCUACCGAGCUUCAAUCCCAAGGAACAAUGA